AACUGUGCGACCCUGGCCAUUCUUAGCUAGCCGCCUGCUUCUUCAGUCCAUCAUCCGCCAUGCUCCGUCUCGCCGUCUUCGCCUGUUUUGCCGUACUGGCUUUUGCAGAUCCGUGUUGUACACCAACAAAGUGGCAUGGAGUCCAGUCAAUGGUCAUUGGAGCUAUGCCAGGCAAUUCAGUAGACUCCUCAGUCACAACGGCCGCCUAUACCUUGAAUGUUGACGCAGACCGCCACAUGGUAGCCCUGACAGGAACCUCAAGCACAAACGGCUAUGUCUCAAACAUUAAGGUCCUGACUGACUACACUAAAGGCGUAGAAUAUCUUGUGAAUAACGGCACGUGCUCCAAGAGAGCAGCAGGCCCAGACCCAGGACACUGUGUACCAGAAAACGCAACUGUAUCCGGCCAUGGUUUCCUAGGAGUAGGAGGAGUAAGUUCCGUCAACGUAACGCAGUACGCCUUCAAUAUGGAAGGGUAUACCGCUUACCUCACCGUCACGGACAAAUGUAUCCCCGUAGCCGAGACUUACUACGGAGUCACAAACGGAACAUACUCCUUUACCACCAUCGCCUUCACCGGUAUUAAGGCUGGUCUUGCUGACGACACUGUCUUCAAUUUACCUAGCGAGUGUGCCCUCGGUACUGGAACUAUCAAUGGUGGUUUCGCUGUUGGGCGUCGGAGUUUAUACUUUUAAACUAAAUACAUAUCUUCAACAAUGAGCGACUCAACACUUGCACAUUGGAGGGGUGGGGGAGGGUUGGGGGAGGGGAGGGUUUCCAGGGGUAGGAACUGCCCCUGGUUUUAUCAUUCUCAGGGUUCCAUUACAUAAAUAAAACAUUACAAAAUCACAUUACCUGUUUUUAUUAUUAAGUUAUUUAAAAAAAAAUCUUCAUUAUUAAUUUUUUUUUCCAUUUUCUUUUCUUUUUCUAUUUUUGUUUUCAAAUCUGAUUUCUUCCUUCGGAAAAAGGGCUAAUGCUAAACUAGUGAACUUUUCCUUUGAUACUUAACCACGUGAUAUAUCGCCUACACCAUCGAUAAAAGAAGGGAGACUUCUAAACAUAAAUAAAAUGCAACUAGAACAAAUUUUGACGGUAAUUUAUUAUUCGAAGUAACUUUCUAAUUUUACUAGACACAUUUUGAGCUGAAACCUCUUGUAAUGAUCGUAACUCAGCAGAGACAGCUGUAUGCUAUUUGGUGUGGCUGGAACAGAGAGAAAAGCACCGUUUUCUAAACGUACAUGUACAUGUACCGAUAUACAUGUAUACUGUCCAACCAAUACGAAAGCCCGGGCAGUACGGGAUGUGAUCAGAGAGGUUGAAAUGUUGAUCAACGCUAGUGGUUGAACUCAUGAUCGUUACAUUUACGACAAAGAUACGUAAAUAUAAAUAACAAAUCAACAAUAAUAUUACGGGUAUAUAUCAGAUUAAAGUAAUACAUGGCUAGAAAUAUAAUGAAUUAUAUGCGGGGAGAAAAAUAAAUUUUAAGAAAUAAACAGAAAAUAUUAUGAAAUGUACUGGAAAAGCUAAACCACUUUAGCUUAUAUGCAAUGCACAAAUGCUCACAAUUACUUAAUCAUAGUAUAUGUUGAUUAAUUGCACAAGUGAAGAGUUCAGGUUUCCCGACAGGCUUUCCACUUUUUCCAUUCUUUGUGAGGGAGUGCCUUUAGCAGGUAAAGUAAACGUACAUAUCAGGCAAGAGUUUCCUCCCCUCCGACAUGCCAAGCAUAACUUCUUAUACAAUGUUAAGUACUACGUAUACGUGUACAUGUAUCUUGUAUAACGAAUCACGUUGAUGACCAUAUAACAGUUAGUUAUCAUAAACUGUUUAAUAUAUAUGUCAGGUAGGAUUUUUAAGAUGCCCAAUAUUCUGAUGAUGUCUCUUUUAACUCAACAAUUCAUUUAUUACACAAUUUAAAGGAACCUUAUUUGACCAGUUUCGAUAAAAACUACUUUUUGACACGUGAGAAGCAUUCUCCAGGUUGACCGAUGUCAUUCAUGUUUCAUUUUUUCAUCUUGUACUUCCUGACGAAGUUAUAUUUUAUUAUCGGUGUUGAUGACUCGUUGGAUUGCAGAAUGUUCCCAACAACAACAUUCACAGUCUUUACCCAGUAGAGGGGAGACAACUCCAACUUUUGUAUCUGUUUUUGAAACAAGACGUUCGGCAUUCAUAUUGGAUUUGGUCACUGCCUUCCAAGUCAUUGCCAGGUAUUCAGAUCACAGCCAAUCAAAUUGAAGUAACGACCUUUUCUCACUUUAACAUAGUAACGACCUUUUCUAACUUCAACCAAUAAAAGCAAAUAAGUAAUGACUUUCCCCCCUCACUUAACACAGUAACUUCUUUUCUCACAACACAGUAACGAUCUUUUCCAUUAAAACAAAGAAACGACUUUUUAAAACUUUAAUAAAGUGACCAACUUUUCUCACUACAACAAAGUAACGAUCUUUUCUCACUAUUUUAGUAAUGAUACUUUCUCAUUAUGAUUUCUUUUCUCAUUAUAACAAGGUAAUGAUCUAAAAAGAUAUCUCGAACAAUGCUGAGUAAUUUUUUUCCCAGUAAAACAACGGAGUACCAACUUGAUUGAUGGGUAUGUAACAAUACUUACAUCUAUGACACAACUUAUUACAACUUAUGAGUUUACUAGGAGAAACGACAUGUUGUCAGGAACAAGACUCCUCAGAUUGAUCGUAGUUAACAUAUACAGUGUACUCUGUCUAAACCGGACACCUUUGGGACAACAAAAUAAAGCCGGUUUGUAGAGAGUUCCGGAUUGUAGAGAUUCUACUUGAUAUCGUCGUUGAAUGCA